CAUCCCCGCUUUGACUGCAGCUUUCUCUAAGAAAAUCCACAGUAGACGUUUUUGUCAGACUUUUUAACUGCUCAAGGCGCAUGCUCAGACUAACAGACGGUGCAGUUGUUGUAUUCAGGAACUCAGAGACACUGAAAGUUUUUAAAGAUGACCACUUCAUGGAGUGACAGACUGCAGAACUAUGCAGACUUGCCUGCCAACAUGGACGGCCUGACAAUGAAAAAGUACAGGAGAGAGCCCUACCACAGAGUGUUUGUCAACAGAAGCUUGGCAAUGGAGAAGAUUAAGUGCUUUGGCUUCGACAUGGAUUACACUUUAGCAGUGUACAAGUCACCAGAGUACGAGUCACUCGGCUUUGAGCUCACAGUGGAGCGUCUGGUUUCCAUCGGCUACCCCCAGGAGCUGCUCAGCUUCGUAUACGACCCAUCCUUUCCCACCAGGGGCCUUGUGUUUGAUACCAUGUAUGGAAACCUGUUGAAGGUUGAUGCCUAUGGUAAUAUCCUCGUCUGUGUCCAUGGAUUCAACUUCCUCCGAGGCCCCGAGAUCCGUGAACGGUACCCAAACAAGUUUAUCCAGAGAGAUGAUACAGAGCGUUUUUAUAUCCUUAACACACUCUUCAACCUGCCAGAGACCUACCUCUUUGCCUGCCUAGUGGAUUUCUUCUCCAACUGUGACAGAUACACAAGCUGUGAAACUGGCUUCAAAGAUGGCGACCUCUUCAUGUCCUAUAAGAGCAUGUUCCAGGAUGUUCGCGACGCUGUUGACUGGGUCCACUUCAAGGGUACCCUGAAGGAGAAGACGGUUGAGAACUUGGAGAAGUAUGUAGUGAAAGAUGGGAAGCUGCCUCUUCUCCUCAGCCGAAUGAAUGAGGUGGCCAAGGUUUUCUUGGCUACCAACAGUGACUACAAAUACACUGAUAAAAUCAUGACCUACCUGUUCGACUUUCCGCAUGGCCCCAAGCCUGGUACCUCCCACAGACCCUGGCAGUCCUACUUUGAUCUGAUCCUGGUGGAUGCCAGGAAGCCGCUGUUCUUCGGGGAGGGUACAGUGCUCAGACAAGUCGACACGACAACAGGGCGUCUAAAGAUAGGAACCUACACAGGACCUCUGCAGCAUGGGAUAGUCUACUCAGGAGGUUCGUCAGACAUCGUGUGCGACCUGCUGGGGGCCAAGGGGAAGGACAUAGUGUACAUAGGGGAUCAUAUCUUUGGAGACAUUCUCAAGUCCAAGAAACGUCAAGGCUGGAGGACGUUCCUGGUCAUACCUGAGCUGGCCCAGGAGCUGCACGUGUGGACCGACAAGAGCUCAUUAUUCGAAGAACUGCAGGGUUUGGACAUUUUCUUGGCUGAACUCUACAAACAUCUGGACAGCAGCAGUAAUGAGAGGCCAGACAUCAGCACUAUUCAGAGAAGAGUCAAGAAAGUGACACAUGACAUGGACAUGUGCUACGGCAUGAUGGGUAGCCUUUUCCGCAGCGGCUCCAGACAGACCCUGUUUGCCUCCCAAGUGAUGCGUUACGCCGACCUGUACGCAGCCUCCUUCAUCAACCUGCUGUACUACCCCUUCAGCUACCUCUUCAGAGCUGCACACGUACUGAUGCCCCACGAGUCGACCGUUGAACACACCCAUGUGGACAUCGACACAGAGUCACCGCUGGCGACGCGCAACCGCACCCAAUGCAGCGACUGCAAAGACCUGGAGUGUAAACGCAACCAGCUGACUCGCUCCUUCAGCGAGAUCAAACCUCCCAACCUGUUCCCCCAGACUCCCCAAGAGAUCACUCACUGCCAUGAUGAGGAUGAUGAUGAGGAGGAGGAGGAGGAGGAGGAGGAGGAAGAGGAGGAAGAGGAAGAGGAGUAA